AUGGUUAUCCCGCCAUUGCUCUGUCGCCAGAGCUUCGUCUGUUAUCCAGCAGGGAGAACCACGACUGCCGUGGGCCCGCCGCAGCCGGCUAAUCGUGCCGACAAUUUAGUUAGUGUUAGUAGAAAACCAGUUAUACUAGAAGACACAAUUAGUGGAAGGCUUCAGCUGAGCAAUGAAACUAAAGAAGUAUAUUGUAUUGCAAGAAUAUACGUCUCUAAAAUUCAUAGUUGCACAAAUAUUGACGACUCUCGAAACUACACCACAUCUGCUUUGAUUAAAAUAGAAUUAAACUUAGAAGGUACUACAUCUAAUACUGCUACUGCUGCUACGGCUACUAGUGCCACUGAAAAACCAAUUACUGUUCUCCAAAAUGCGACUGAAAAUAAUCAAUCAACUUCCAAUCCAACAUCAACUACAGAACCAGAUUUCAUAAAGGAUUUAGAAAAGAAAGAGUUCCCGACAAUAAUAGUAAUCAUUUCGACGGCAGCGAUUUUAGUGUUGUUUCUCCUACUAACUUUUAUCUACUGCUGUUGCCGAAAGCGAUGUAAAAGAAAUAUCGAAAUAGCAAAACCCGAGGAGUCUACAAAGAGGGAAACAGCACAAGAUGCCAUAUAUGCUAUUCCGGAAACAGUGACCUACGCUACAUUGCAGUUGGCAACAAGCUCAAAUCAAGUGUUAUCCAAUAAAGAUGUCACACAGUAUGCUGAAGUUAUAGGUCAAUUGGUACCGAAGAAAAAAUAUAAAAUCUAA